AUCUACAUCAUCUUCUUCGAUCCACCACUUUUUUGCGACGAUACCUUCCUGGUCUCGUUCUUCCACCUCAAUUCUUCUUCUCUCAUAAUCAACAACCGACUGUCCUUUCAGUUGUUCAACCAGAAUAACCAAGUACAAUACCCCGCGAUCUAUCCGAUCUCGACUCGACCGACAUAGUUCCUCUCAUAUCCGGGAUUACUCAACAACUCAAUCAUCAUGUCUAAGCUCUUUAUUGGAGGCCUUGCGUGGCACACGGAUGAGGCUGCUCUCCGCACCAAGUUCGAGGAGUUCGGCGCCGUUGAGGAGGCUGUCGUUGUCAAGGACCGCGAUACCGGCCGCAGCCGUGGUUUCGGAUUCGUCCGUUACGGCCAGGAGGCUGAUGCUGACGCUGCCAUUGCUGCCAUGAACAACAUCGAGUUCGAUGGACGCACCAUCCGUGUCGACAAAGCUUCCGAGCGCGGUGCUGGAGGUGGUGGUGGUGGCUUCGGCGGUGGCCGUGGCGGCGGCGGUGGUUACCAGUCCCGCGGAGGCGGUGGUGGUGGCUACGGUGGCGGCCAGGGCGGCUACGGUGGACGUGAGGGUGGCGGUGGCUACAACGGCGGCGGCGGUGGCUACGGUGGCGGCCAGGGCGGCGGCUACAACGGUGGUGGUGGCGGUCAGGGUGGCUACGGAGGUGGCGGCCAAGGCGGCUACGGUGGCCAGGACCAGCAGGGCGGCGGCGGCGGUGGCCGCUGGUAAAUCCAGCACCCCGGCAUGCUCCUCCCUCCCGACUUCACAUCAUCCUAAGAUGAUCGUCGUCGGCUAGGGAGCACAGCAGCGGGAAUCGCGGAGCGGUUGAUGGAUGGAGCGUUGGCCUUUCUCUGGCGUCAUCGGUCGGUCGGUUGGUCGGUCGGUAAACCCACCCCCCCACACACUAUGCGCGCGUGUUCGCGCUUCGGUUCGCGCGGCCUUAUGCUUGCUAUGCUAUGCUAUGAAACUGUCUGUCUUGUCUCUUCUGGCUCGGAGUUUUUUGUUCGGAGGGGUUCCCGCGGCUUGAUCUUGAGUUCGUCUUGAGCGAGGGGAUAAUUUCGGAAUGGAAUUGCUUUCAGAUGUGCUUUGACGUUUUGCCUUGGUUAUGUGUGUGAGAUAUGAUUUUUUUUGGUGACUGGUGAAUGAGCAACUGGUGAAGGCUUUGGUGGCGGGGAAGUUCAUGGGUAGUUCCUUCCUUGCAAUGGCUCUUUCCUCCCAAUGGCUUCUCUUUUCAAUCGCUCCUCCCUCUCAAUGGCUCCUUCCCUCUCAAUGGCUCCUUCCCUCUCAAUGGCUCCUUCCCU